AUGGCGUCUGAUGCAGUGAAAGAAGACGAAGAGAGAGUGUUACUUACAGAAGAAGAAUGGUUUGUUGCUGAGGCUAUGGAGAAAUUGGGCCGGCCCGAGUGUUUUGGGCCACGUAGGUUUCGCUAUCGUGGUUCACCCUCGGCCAAGGCACACUCUAUUAUAUAUACUGGUCCCACGCUGGAACCCCUACGCCAAGCAAUGCAAGACCCCACCACUUCCGACGCCGAUCACCGCCACCACCACGAAACCACGUCGUCGUUUAAGCGAGCCACUGCUGCCACCACCCACCGCUCCAAGCGCCCCGUCUUCAAGGUCCUCCCGGGGCAGAUCGCGUUCCGCCUCGUGUGCCACGCCUCUAUCGUCGGGGGCCUCAUUGGGAGCUCCGGCUCCAUCGUCUCCCAGCUCCGCCGCGAGACCGCCUGCAAAAUCCACUGCGAGGACUCCCUCUCCAGCGGCGAGGACCGCGUCAUCCUCGUCAUCGGCUCCCUCUCGCCCCUCAAGGGCCUCCAACUCGGCGACGGCGAGGUCGACGUCUCCAACGCGCAGGAAGCCGUCGUUAGGGUUUUCGAGAGGGUUUGGGAGCUUGAGGCCGAGAAAGGCGUUAAUUCUAACAGAGCCGUUAACGGUGAGGUCUUUUCCAAGUUGCUUGCGCACACUUCGCAGAUUGGUGCUGUUGUUGGCAAAGGAGGGAAGAACAUCACCGCCAUUAGGAACAGCAGUGGUGCCAAAGUUAGGGUUUGCCCUCCUCCGCAUUGCGCCGCUAAAGACGAGGAGUUAGUUCAAAUAACUGGUGGAAUUUUUGCCGUAAAGAAAGCGCUGAUUGCUGUAUCUCGUUGUCUUCAAGAUUGUCCCCCAUUAAGCAAAAGUCCUGUUUCUUCUAGUACACCCACUGUUAGCUCUUCUGAUAGAUCGUCCUCUGAUCCCAAUGCUGAACUUUUUCCUCACCUUAAUUCAUUGUUAACCUCCAUGGAAGGUUUAUCUGUAUAUGAACGGACCACAAACUCUAAUGAAACCUCUGGCCGUGAUCCAAAAGGUGCGGAACACGAAGUUGUGUUCAGACUCCUUUGCUCUAAUAAUGUAGCUGGGAGCGUGAUUGGCAAAAGAGGAGCUAUAGUCAGAGCUCUGGAAAGCAAAACAGGUGCUUCUAUAAUCUUUGCAGCUCCUUUAAGCGAGUUUUCCGAGCGCAUUGUCACCAUUUCUGCUGUAGAGCACUGGCUUUUGUUCAUCCAGAGCCUUGAAUCUUGUAAUUCUCCUGCGCAAGAUGCUGUUAUUCUUGUCUUUGCUAGAAUUAUUGAAGAUCACAUCGGAAAGGGUUUUCUCCCAGUAUCUAGUAUGGAAUCACCUGUAACCUCAAGGCUUUUAGUUGCAAAAAGUACAGUAAAUUGCUUGAGCGGCAACGAAGGCCAGGCGAUUUCAGAAUUGAAAGAAGUAACUGGGGCUGAUGUACAAAUUUUGCAUGGAGAGCCAGUUCCUAAUGGUGCUACAGAUGAUGAUGUGGUGGUACAGGUACAUCUGUUGGGGACUUGGGACUUAGCUGAUAACAAAUAUCUUAUCAUGUUGCACUGGAUCACUGGAGGGUACAGAUGUGUACAAAAUGCCUUGUCUGCAAUCACUUGUAGAAUCAGGGAUAAUAUUUUGAACAAUGAGGUGGUUGCUCAAGCAAGACCGAAAUCUAAUUGGAAAGUGAACAAGGAUCCUGGAAAGGGUAAGCCUUUUAACCGGGGAAAAUCUGCUAAUACUUCCGGGAGGUUUCAGCCACGGAAUGCUGGGUUGCAUGCUGAAACAAUAUCACAAAAUGGAGAAUUGCAUACCGGUUUAAGUGAGAAUUUGGAACGUGGAAGAGGAAACAUGUUAGCUACGGUGACAAAUACUACUGUGGAGAUAGUGGUUUCUGAACAUGUCUUUGGGUCUGUUUAUGGUGAAGGCGGUGGCAAUUUGGAUCAAAUCAGACAGAUUUCAGGUGCAACUGUAACGGUUUAUGAUCCUUCCGUUGGUACAAGUGGAGGGAAAGUUGUGAUAUCUGGGACACCUGAUCAAACCUUUGCAGCGCAGAGCUUGCUUCAAGCCUUUAUUCAAACGGGACAAGUAAGCUGA